GCCGCCCUCUGCCCGCAGCGCGAUGGCUGCCAACUGCGAGCGCACCUUCAUCGCCAUCAAGCCCGACGGCGUCCAGCGGGGGCUGGUGGGAGAGAUCAUCAAGCGGUUCGAGCAGAAGGGAUUCCGGCUGGUGGCCAUGAAGUUCGUGCAGGCCUCUGAAGACCUUCUCAAACAACAUUACAUUGACCUCAAAGACCGACCAUUCUACCCUGGUUUGGUUAAAUACAUGAACUCUGGGCCUGUUGUGGCCAUGGUAUGGGAAGGACUCAACGUGGUGAAAACAGGGAGAGUAAUGCUAGGGGAAACAAACCCUGCCGACUCUAAGCCUGGUACCAUCCGUGGCGACUUCUGCAUUCAAGUAGGAAGAAACAUCAUUCACGGCAGUGACUCCGUAGAAAGCGCGCAGAAGGAGAUCAACCUGUGGUUCAAACCUGCAGAGCUCAUUGACUUCAAGUCUUGUGCACAUGAUUGGAUCUAUGAGUGAAAUGAGUUUCCACAAUGAAUUGUGCCUUCUUAACACGUCAUCUCAUUCCAGCUAUUGACCUGGGAGCAAUUUUAUCACCAUGGUUAUCUUAGUCAUUUUCAGCACUGUCAAAUAAAUGAAUAUGAAC